AUGGACCUUGCAUUUCUUACCCGGCUCAUAGGCCUGGCUCUUGUAGCAUUGCCAGUAGCUUAUGCUUAUCCAUCUUCCCUAUCAUCCUCCAUCUCUGCACCACCCUCACAAGCGACCGUCACAAUUGCAGGUCAAGUCUUCAUAGUCGAUCCAGCAGAUAUCAUCCUGGACAGGACGACAAUACAACCUGGCUCAGCUGGAAUUUCCAUUAAUGGCCAAAUUGUGUCAGCUGACGCUGCUCAUGACCUCUUCGUGGAUGGCACCGAAAUACUUGCUGAUCCGACCGGCUCGAAUUCUGCCGAGAAUAUCGCUAACAACAAAACUGCCAAAUUCAGCAGUAAUGCAACGUUUUCCGGCAGUGUCCCGGCCAGCUCUGUCACAGCUACUGCCGCCGGAUACAACAUCCUGGGAGGAGAAAUUGCUCAUAUAGCGGUACAAGUGGCAAGCACUCAUGCAACAUAUCACGCGGGAGUUCCAAUCUCUACAUCCGUAUCUGCUUCGACGUCAAUGGCAGCAACACCUUCUGGCGGUUCAGCCCCUCUUGGACCUGUCGUGAUUCCCUCGGCUUCUUCCGCCAUGACCAAUUCCUCACUUUCGAAGGCCUCAACUGCUGGACUAGCUCCCAACGUCCAAGAGAAUGUAUCACAGACACAAUCUAGGAGUACAGGUUCGAAUUUUAUGUCUGCUUCGACGCCCAAGAUCAAUCUGAUCCCCACCGGUUCUUCCAUUCAUAGCAACAGUAGCUCUGGUUUCUACGUUGUUGCCGGAGCCUCGAAGAUAUCUUCAAGCGCGUCUUCUGAUCGACAGUCAAUGCAUUCAACGGGAACACCAUCUCCGUCGGCCAUAUUAGUGCCUGGUGGGCAGCCCAAUACCAUAACGACUGGUCCGACCCUAGCUAUUCCCACCAUUUCCUUAAACCCAACUGGAUCCGUGGCUAGUUCACAAGUUAUGCUGCUGGUUGGAGCAAUCUUUAGCAUCACUGAGGAGGCGAAGACCCUCUCUGCUAUCAUCAAAGACAACGGACCCAAGGUAUCUUUGGUUUCGAAAAUCAAGGGGAUUGAUGAUGGGAUCCUCAAUGAGCUGGAGGACAUGCAUCCUCCUGGCCCUCCUCCGUCGUAUGAAGAGGCGUGCCUCGAUGGGGCUAGCAUCUUUGACCUCUUGGAAGAUCUAGGAUGUCUCAAAGGCGCCUUCGACAAAGUAAUAGGCGAUCUUGAAGACGACACGCCUGAUAUAACAAAAAUACAGACCGUCUUUGAUAACAUUGGGAAAUUAGCGGAGAACCUUGAAAAGGAGGAAGAAGAUGACGAUGACGAUGAGACUUCUACCAGCGAAACGGACUCGCAGGCUUCAAAAACUCGGGACUCGGAAACGGAAGGAUCAAGCACUUCAAUGAGCAGUACGCCCAGCAUGACAUCAACCGCCUCGUCUCGCAUGUCGUCCAGUAGUUCAACGGCCACUGCAACCAUACAGCUUAUCGACAGGUACCCAUUGGCCGACCCUGACAUGUCUAACUACAGCGCUCCAGAUGUUGCCAAUCAAGCCUUCAUGGCGUUCCUAGGGGACAUUCUCUCGUCAGCCAACGGGAUCGGAUCUGGUCCAUCAGGCUUCGCCGUCGUUAUCGGAAGCGCCAAAGCAACAGCCAAUUCUUCUUCUUCUUCUUCUUCUUCUUCUUCUUCAUUGGCUGUGAUGUCUUCCUUACCCGCCACCGUCCGUACCUCUUCGUCAGCCAGGGUAGUGCCGUCGGAAGCCGCAGCAACAGGCAUUGGUAACCUAGGAAGUAUAGUAGCCCAAGUCACCAGCGAAGAAGCAGCCUCUUCGCAAGCUGGUUUCACAAGUGCCGCGGCAAGCCCAGGACUUUCAUCCGGUAUAGCAGCAGGAUUUGCCGCUCUAGGCGGAGAGAUAGCCCAAAUCGCGGCACAGCUAGCCACAACCCAUACAAUACAACCUGCGGGGGUGGCAGUCACCACUGGAAUACCAAUACCGACAUCAACAGCAGUAAACGACGACGCCCUAGGAGCCGAGUUAGCGGCCAUAGCAUACCAGAUCGCGUCCGCUUCAGUAGCAGCUAUAGACGCCGCAAAAAUUGCAUCGCCCUCACCAGUCACCUCUUCGUCACUCGCCCCCUCACCUGCACCUUCUCCCCAACCAACAGGUACCAAAUGGAGCAUCGAUCUCGCUUUCCAAAUCUACACCUGGGGCGGUGCCAACGCAAUGACCGAUUUCUACUACAAGAUUUGGAUGACGAAUCUCACCAGAGAUGCUGCAGGUCCCGACUUCUGCGCCGCGAAUAGCUGGAUCGCGAACGUGCCGAUCGACGAUGCCGUGACCAACGUGCCGCCAUAUCCCACGAAAGAUUUCAAGUUUGCCAUCCCGGCUGGGAUUCUUGAACCGGCGCCUUUGCCUUGCACGUGGCAGCCGAGUCCAGGGAACUCACAACCUGGCAGUAUGACGUGCAAUCCGGGCGGGGAGAUUGUGCUAUGCACGAUUCCGGUAACGACGGCCAUUACGUGUAAGCAAGACAACCCAGAUAGGAUAGGGCCACUGGCGCAAUGUGUGUUCUGGCAAUGA